UGAUGAUCAAAAAAAUCAAUGCCACCCACCCAUCCAUAUAACAUGUGGUGCUCGAGUGGGUGCUUGUCAAAACAUGCAGAAACGCCAAUGCCAUAAAUUGGCAAAUCCUUCCAUUUCUCUACUCUCUGUCUCGCGGCCCUUCUAUUAGACUGUUAGUUUUUGCUUGUGGGUUUUCUCUUUUCUGUCAUACAAUGGCUUCUUCAGUGCUCAGUGGAGCUGAAAAUCUGAAGCUCAUGAGUAGCAUCCGUCCGACUGGGUUUGGCCUUGUGAGGCCAGGUUUCCAGGUAAGGUGCUUGCCCAGGAAGGAUUUAGUGUCUUUUGGUAGGAAUUACAAGGCCAGAUCAACUUUAACGCCCAGAUGCAGUAUAUCAUCCUCAAGGCCUGCUUCUCAGCCAAGGUUCAUACAGCACAAACAAGAGGCAUUUUGGUUCUACAGGUUCUUGUCUAUAGUGUACGAUCAUAUCAUAAACCCUGGCCACUGGACCGAGGAUAUGCGUGACGACGCGCUUGAGCCUGCUGAUCUCUUUGAUCGGAGUUUGACAGUGGUAGAUGUAGGCGGCGGAACUGGUUUUACAACUCUUGGUAUAGUUAAGCAUGUGGAUGCCAAAAAUGUUACAAUUCUUGACCAGUCGCCCCACCAGCUUGCCAAGGCUAGGCAGAAGGAGCCCUUGAAGGAAUGCAAGAUAAUUGAAGGCGACGCGGAGGAGCUUCCAUUCCCAACUGAUUCUGUGGAUCGAUAUGUCUCCGCCGGAAGUAUUGAGUAUUGGCCGGAUCCACAGCGUGGUAUCAGGGAAGCAUACAGGGUACUAAAGAUAGGAGGGAAAGCCUGUCUUAUAGGUCCUGUGCACCCAACCUUUUGGUUGUCUCGUUUCUUUGCAGACGUGUGGAUGCUCUUCCCAAAGGAGGAAGAGUAUAUUGAAUGGUUUGAAAAGGCUGGUUUCAAAGAUGUGAAACUAAAAAGGAUUGGUCCAAAAUGGUACCGUGGUGUCCGUCGGCAUGGCUUGAUCAUGGGUUGCUCUGUAACAGGUGUGAAGCCCUUUUCCGGAGACUCCCCACUACAGCUUGGUCCAAAGGCAGAGGAUAUACAGAAGCCUGUGAAUCCACUUGGUUUCCUCCUCCGGUUCCUCGUUGGUGCAAUGGCUGCAACUUACUUUGUACUGGUUCCAAUUUACAUGUGGAUCAAAGAUCAAAUUGUUCCAAAAGGGGCGCCUAUCUAAAGUGGGUGGAAGCAAGGGGACAUUAUCAUCGUACUCCCAUUUCAUCUCCAAAAGACUAUAAAACAGCUUGCGAUGGUGAGUGUGGCCCUUCUCCGCUCAAGCUAACCCUGUUAAAGAAAGCCAGAUGAGACAUCAGGUGUGUUUGGUAAAGAGUUUUGUUGUAGUAUUUUUGUUUUGAGUAGUGUAAUAAAAUGUGCUUAAUGUGAUAUAACGAUGAAAUAAAAUAUGAACUUUUUGUAAGAGAAAAGUGAAGAAAAUUGUUUGGUAAUAA